CUCUCACAGUUUAAUUUGAAAAUCAACAGUCAAAAUGGGCGUCUACGAGAAGCAGGUGGUCGUGAUAACCGGCUGCUCCGCCGGGGGCAUAGGCCACGCGCUCGCCCGCGAGUUCGCCUCGCGUGGCUGCCUGGUGGUGGCGACCGCGCGCUCGCUCGCAUCCAUCUCCGAUAUGCAGGACGAUCCGCGGUUCUUCGUCCAGGAGAUGGACGUUUCAUCGGACGAGAGCGUGCGCCACGCCCUGUCCACGGUUCUGGAACGGUUCGGCCGCAUCGAUGUCGUGGUUAACAAUGCCGGAGUCCAGUGCGUGGGGCCCAUCGCGGAGGUUCCUUUGUCCGCCAUCGAACAGACCUUCAAUACUAAUGUUUUCGGUUUCGAAUUUCUGUUUGGAGGGCCUGCAGCAGUGCUGUGUGGUAGUGUAAAUAUGAACUUGGAACAUGGAUCAGAUCUAAUGGUUGAUGCUAUUUCUGGAUCCUUGAGGUUGAUUCAAGCUGUUGUGCCGCAUAUGGCAUCUAGGAAGAAGGGCAAAAUCGUCAAUUUUGGAAGUGUCACUGCUUUGGCCCCGCUACCAUGGGCUGGCACUUACACUGCAUCAAAAGCUGCUAUCCAUACAAUAUCUGAUACUCUGAGAUUGGAACUAAGGCAUUUCGGGAUUGAUGUGAUUAAUGUUGUGCCGGGAGCCAUUACGUCCAAUAUAGGAAACUCAGCCUUAGCCAGCUACAGCCAAAUGCCAGAGUGGAAACUUUUCAAGCCAUUUGAAGAGGCAAUUCGAGUGAGAGCAACAUACUCGCAAGGCCCAAAAUCUACUCCUUCGGAAGAGUUUGCUAAGAAAACGGUGGAUGCAGUCUUAAAGGAAAGCCCGCCCGCAUGGUUUAGCUAUGGCCAUCUGUCGACAGUAAUGGCGAUAUUGUACCAUGUGCCUCUCUUUAUUAGAGACUUCAUUAUCGGGAAGAGGUUCAAAUGUUGAAUAUGUAAAUUUUAUGAUUUUCUUUUACUUUGAUGGGACUACAUGUUGUAAAAUAUUUAUUCGACUUUGAAAUGUUUUACUUGAUUGCCAAAAUUACCCAUAAUAGCAGUUACUACUGUACAAAUUGCGCACGGUGAAGAAAUUAAUUAGGAUUUAUGGGUUAAAUAAAAUCAGUCUAGAUUGGAUUUAUG